AACUCUCCUCUAAAACAUGGUAACCUCUCUAUUAAGUUUUAACUGCAACAACAGUGCGGAGCACGUGAAUUGUAACAGAAACUCCGGGAAUCUAGAGUUUGAUUCGUGCCCAGAGCACUGCAGUUAUUUUUCCACCGUGUUAUCUUAAACACUCAGUGUUGUUCAAGUUCAAGCUCCGCAAGACUUUCAAAGUAACUCUAAGAUGAGACCAAAGAUAUUUCUUUUCGGCGAUUCAAUCACUCAGGAUUCAUUUGCUGAAGGUGGAUGGGGUGCUUCUCUCGCCAACCAUUUCUCCCGCACGGUAGAUGUGGUGUUAAGAGGUUACAGUGGCUACAACACAAGGUGGGUGUUGAAGGUGUUGGAGAAGGUUUUCGCUGCAACACAACAUGGUGAUGGUGGAAUCAAUGGAGCACCAGUUGCUAUCACUAUUUUCUUUGGGGCCAACGAUGCUUGCCUUCCAGAUAGAUACGGUGCUUUUCAACACGUGCCUCUCCUUGAGUAUAAGCAGAACCUUCACUCUAUUGUGUCCUUCUUCGUGAAGCAAUGGCCAACAACACAUAUUCUCCUUAUAACAACUCCUCCAAUUGAUGAAGAAGCACGUCUUAGAUAUCCAUAUGCAUACAAUCCACAGGGUCUUCCAGAGAGGACAAAUGAAGCUGCUGGUGAGUAUGCUACAGCAUGCAUUGCUGUGGCUGAAGAAUGUGGAGUACCUGUGAUUGAUCUCUGGACCAAAAUGCAGCAGUGCCCUGACUGGAGGAAAGAAUAUCUAUGUGAUGGUCUGCAUCUAACCCAAAGUGGCAAUCGAGUUGUUUUUGAGGAGGUAAUCUUGAAGCUGAGAGAGAAAGGCUUGAGUUUAGAAGCUAUGCCAGUUGAUCUCCCUCUACUAGCUGAUAUCGACCCGAAUGACCCUCUGAAGUCAUUUCAGUAAUAAUAGGUUAUAUGCAUGUUGGUGGCUUAUUAUGCUUCUGCCUUGAUUUAAUGAUAUGUUAAUUGAGUACGUUUCCUGAUAAUAUUUGGGUCCUCUUUUUUAUAACAAUUCUCUAGUAGAAAACCUCUUCAAGUGUUAGUUUAUGACAUUUGCAGUUCAUAGAUGAUUUAAUUUGGGAUAAAUUGCACUUCCCUUCUCCAAUAGUGGCAAUAGAUGCUUAGAUUACAUUAUA